AUGACCAACGAAACUCUAGUUGAAGUCUAUAUGGACGAAAAGAAGGGACGCGGCAUCCGAGCCGGCAAAUCCUUCGUGAAGAACGAAUUUGUCAUCGAAUACAAAGGUGACAUAAUGGAUUAUACUUCGGCAAAAAUUCGUGAGGAAGAGUACGCGAAAGACCCGUCCAUUGGUUCCUACAUGUAUUUUUUCAAAUACAAGAGUAAGAGAUGGUGUGUGGAUGCAACGAAGGAGUCCAUCUACAAAGGUCGUCUUAUUAAUCACAGUGCAUUGCGUCCCAAUCUGCGAACCAAGGUGGUGGAAUUCGAAGACGGUCUUCAUCUAAUCUUGGUAGCGAAACGUGACAUUGAUGAAGCCGAAGAGCUUCUGUACGAUUAUGGGGAUCGCACACCAGAAACUGUAGCCAGAAAUCCUUGGCUUGUGAAUUCGUAG